AUGAGUUUUUACUCAAUAAUAUUUCUAUUUAUUUUACUAACUAUACUAUUAUCAUGUAAUAUUAGUAAUCCACCUGAUCUAUGGUUAAAUAUACGUCAUUUAAGUGUUGAUACAAUUUCCUUAGCUGCAGACGAUUUAAAAGCAUAUGUCAGCGUUUCUGCUAAGAUUGCGAAUCUUGUUUCGUUUCAUACUGGUGUUGAUGUUACUAUCGGUAGAGUUAGAUCAACUAUCACAGUUGAAAAAAUUGUCAAUCAAGAAGUAUCAGGAGGACCUUUUACGAUUGUUGGUGAUUAUCAACAAAAUAUGACAUUUACUGUUUCUUCGAGAAGUUUAAAAAUGGAUAUUUAA